AUGGCAAGGGCUGAACAAUGGCUCCCAGGGUUAGAGGGCGGUUUCUCGAGCCUGUGUUGCAUUCUGAUUGAGAGACAUGUGUUACGAGGUCGUGCGAAAAGGAGGCCACUCUACUUCACGGCUGAAAAAGUGGGUCCAUGGUCUGUGCUCUCCGCAGUACCUGGCGCUAGGGAACUCGACAACAACAAUUGCUCUUGUGGCUUCUAUGAUUCGGGUACCAAGAAACUCUUUACCGACUCCAUAAUUGUCUAUUUUAAUGAAUCCACGAGCCUUCCGAAAGAUUUCGAAGCUGAGGACUACGAGCACAAGUAUGAGAAGAACUGGAAUGCCAUCUACCGUCAGGGUGCAGACCCCUCUAACCUGCACUUCAACGAGUCUGAAUCUUUGCAACUGUUCGUCUCGCCGCCCACAUCCGAACAUCUAGUUAAUGGAGCUGGUAUUCGAACGGCAAGGCGUGACAUUCAGUAUGGCUCCUUCCGCACUCUCAUAAAAGCGCCUAGUAACAGAGCUCGUGGGAGCGCUAUGUCCAUGAUAUGGCAGUACAACGAUACUGAGAUCACUGAGCUUAGCGUCAUGAACACGGAUGAUCCUUCUAAUGCAUGGAUUGGGACCUUUGUCAACAAUGAAUUCACCACUCGCGACCUUGGCAUCAACUUCAGCACGGCGAUUAACGAGAGUACUGCCAACCGAAACUACACGGUCCUUGCUGAGACCCUUGGCAACAGCAAGGUCAACCCGUGGAACUACACCGAGUAUCGGAUCGACUGGACGGAAGACUUCAUUAAUUUCUAUAUUGGGGGAAACCUUACGCGAUCAGUCUUGCACAAGAAGAACCCACACAUGCCAUCUGUACCUUCGCCAUUCUACUUCAAGCACUGGGCGACUGGAGACAAAUACUCGAUGGAGGGUCCACCAGCGCAGCGAUCAGUUGCGAAUAUUGGAUGGAUUCGCAUGUUCUUCAACUCCUCAUCGAUGACCGACAAAGGACGCGAGGAAUUUGUGGCGCGCUGUACUCUUACUGAAGCAUGCUCAAUGGAGGAUAUUUCUCUCCGGGGCUCCACCCCGUAUUCUGAGCCGGCAACCAAGAAGUGGAAGCAAAAAAGCAACAAAAGCGUUAAGAGAAUGCCUGCUCUUUGGAUAUCAGUCAUCUGCAUUGGAUUCUCUUCUCUUUUGCUGGUCCACGCGUUCAUUCGUCGCGCACCAUGGCGGAAGCAAGCUCCGUCAAACGGACAUAGGCAUGCGUCAUCGGUAGCUCCCGCCGAGAGCACUGAACCUAAUCCGUUUGAAACCCUAGAAUACAGUGUCCCUUCAACUCGCAACAACUCGGUCCAAAACUCAUCUGUGUCGUGCCGUCCAUCUUCUGAGUAUAGUCACGAAUCCAAGAAUAGCCUCACCAUUGAAAGAGCCGAACCGAGUCCUGGGACUUCCGUUUAUGGUUGCUCCACCCAUGGCUACUGUUCUCGUUCCGGUUCGGUUCGAUUUGACAGCCGUGGAACAACACCGCAUGUCCUUUCUCCUUAUUCAAGCAAUUUUAAUUUGACUACCGAGGAGUUUCCUUCGCCAACCACCCCACGAGUUGGAAAAGAUCGGAAGACAAUGUCGAGGCAUGCCUCUGAGAAAACACUGCCAGUCAUCCAAGUUCCAGGGCCGGACGACAAAAUUCCUAUGGAGACUGUAACGCAGUCUGCACUUCCUGCUCCUCGCAUGACAUCUCACCCACCUCCACCGCACCAACGUAUCGACUACCUCGCAGGUCUUGUCGCUCUGUGCGCUAUUCUCGUUACAGUCAUGCAUUUUGCCCUCACCUUCGUUCCUGCUAUCAUCAUUCCUGGCGCACCACAACACUACGAAUCUGAAUACUGGGCCCGGAAGAUUGUAUCCCCCUUCGUUCUCAAUCAAAUGUGGCUAGGAGUCUUUUUCACGACCUCUGUUCGCUUUCUCGUUGCUGGGUACCUGAAGAGGGGGAAUUUGCAGGACAUUGCAAAAGGGGCUGUACGACGAACACCUCGUCUCAUGAUUCCUGUGACCGCCAUGGCAUUGCUGGAGUACUUUCUUGUUGACUGCGGUGCGACGACGUAUCUUCGUUAUAUUCCUUCGGUUACUUGGUCUAAUUGGCCUUACGUAACUCGUUUCCCCACUAUUGGGCACUUCAUCUCAGAGAUCCUUGAGCUAGUCUACCUGAUUCCUAACGCCGUUCCACAAAUUACAUUCAAUUACUGCACGGGUGUGUUGUGGACAAUCGCCGUCCAGCUUCAAGGCUCAUGGCUCGUUCUCACAGGCGUCAUCGUUGUCUACGAGAUAAAAACACCCUGGAAGCGCAUGGCCUACUACACAUUCUGUAUCAUCAAUCAUUGGUAUGCAGUAUCCUGGGGCUCAUAUCUCUGGUUCGGGCUCCUUCUUGCUGAUAUCGACAUCACCUACAAGUACAAAGACUGGCUCCACAAACGGCCUCUAGCAUACUUCCCUUUCCUAACAUUCUGCUGGCUCUGCGUUAUCGCUGGCUUUGCCGCAAAUAUGAUUCCAAACUGGUCAGACUUUAACUUCGUCAUUUACGAAAACAACAUCCAUCCUGACGAUUCCACGGGUGAGGCCAUCUGGAACACAGAGAACGCGGGUUAUCCAGCGUACUAUGUGCCCCGAUUCAACGGAUUGCUGUUUGCAGUCGGUAUGCAAGCUAUUGUCGAGAUCUCACCCGCGGUCCAAAGUGUCCUUUCUUUACGCUUUCUCCUUGUCCUUUUCCCGCAUAUUUUCACAAUAUACCUCCUGCACGGCCUUGUUUUCUGGUCUUGGGGGAGCUGGCUUAUGAUAUUCCUUGCCGACCGGAAUUUCACUUACGGUACCAACGUCACCAUUGUCGGUAUUACCUCCUACGUCUUACUCUUUCUUAUUCUACCGAUAGUCACACCGAUUGUUGAAGCGUUGGGGAAAGACAUCACGACUUUAGUGUGGAUGUCGGCAGUGGAAAAGAGUCCACCUAGACGUAGAACCUUGUUUCCAUUCCCAGAUGACUUGUUUUCGCGGAGGGGAGGGGGCGAUGUUGAAGCUGCGGGGAUUGUGAGACAGAGCAGUGGAGGCAGCUCGUUGAGUGUGAAGGGAAAAGAGAAGGAGGGGGUGAGGGAGAUUGGGGCGUUUGAUUUCAAGUGA